AUAGGUUCUAUUGCUCGUGGCCAAUCACGAUAUAUGGUGUGAGAUAGUAUUCUAUGCACACGGCGGGAGAUAAAUCUCGUAGCGGAAGGUGUGUUAUAACGGGACAACGCACUGCUCUUGCUCGCUGCCGUGUGAUACGGUGGAUCAUGUAUGCGGGUUAUCAUGUUUUGGAGUUAUUCUUGAGAUAGAACCACCAAGGAGAAACGAAUAUGGAUUUGAAUACACACCGUCGCUACACGAAACCAGAUGACUACACCAGCCUUCCCAACCCCCCGUACAACCAGCGCCCCACCCCACAGAAUGGUAGCCCCGGGGUGAGACCCUACCCCACAGAAACCAGGGAGGUGCAUCACAGAAACGGAGACACCCGUGACAUCAGUGAUUUUGAGAGACUUCGUCAACAGUGUUUGAGAAACAGGAAGUUAUACGAGGACACCAACUUUCUUGCUGCCGUCAGUUCCUUGUAUUUCAGCAGACAGCCGCCUUACCGUUUUGAAUGGAAGCGACCAGCGGACAUUGCAAGGAUCUACAAUACCAGACCUGGAUUCUUUGUCAACGACGUCAGCAGAUUUGACGUCAAACAGGGAACAUUAGGUGACUGCUGGGUGCUGGCAGCCAUUGCUUGUCUGAGUUCCCCGGAGCAUCGGGACCACUUCUUCCGGGUUGUCCCGGAAGACCAGAGCUUCCGCGACAGCUGGUAUGCUGGACUGUUCCGCUUCUGCUUCUGGCAUUUCGGGGAAUGGAAGGAGGUGGUGGUGGAUGACCAACUCCCGGUGGUUGGCCAAGAUCUUUUCUUUGUCCACUCUUCACAGCCUAAUGAGUUUUGGGCAGCUUUGCUUGAAAAGGCCUAUGCCAAACUAUACGGAUCUUACGAGGCCCUCAAGGGGGGCAAUAUGGCAGACUCGUUGACUGACUUCACUGGCGGCCUGACUGAGAGCUACGUCAUCAGGGGAAAGCAUGCCAACAUGCCUCGCAACAUCGUCAACAUCUUGUUCAAGGCGCUGGAUCGUAAUGCUCUGAUUGGCUGCGGCAUAGACUCUGUGAAGUCUGGCUCAGGAGAAGCAAUACUGGAGAAUGGCCUGGUUGCAGGACAUGCUUACAGUGUCACAGAUCUCAGGGAGAUUCAGAUGAUGACAGACAGGGGACAGAUUCCAGUCACAUUGAUCCGAGUCAGGAAUCCUUGGGGGAACAAGAUUGAGUGGAAUGGUCGAUGGAGUGAUCGUUCCCAGGAGUGGUUGAGCAUCCCCGACCAUGAGCGGGAGCAGAUUGGACUGGUACAGAGAGACAAUGGGGAAUUCUGGAUGGAUUUCCAGGAUUUUGAGAGGAACUUUGAUAACCUUGACAUCUGCAACUUGACGAUGGAUGAUGAUCUUAGCCAUGUAGUGGAGCAUCAUGGGAGAUGGAUAAAAGGCUUCAACGCUGGCGGGACACCUUCUAACAGAGAUACGUUCUGGACCAACCCCCAAUACCACGUUCGACUCCAAGACACGGACGAUGAUGAUGAUAGUCACUGCAGCUUCAUAAUGCAAGUGAUGCAGAAAGACAGGCGCAGGAUCAAACAUAAAGGACCCAGGUUUCUGUACAUUGGAUUUGUAAUAUACAGGUGUUCCAAGGAUGAUUCUGUGCCCCUCAACAAGGACUUCUUUGACUACAACAAUCCCUACGCCCGGUGCAACGCCUUCACUAACGCCAGGCAGGUGGUGAAGCGGUUCGCCUUCCCGCCCGGGAACUACGUCGUGCUGCCGUGUACAUACGAGCCCCAUCAGGAGCUGGACUACUACGUCAGAUUCUUCUUCGAGAAGGGCAACGUUGCUGAGUAUGGUGAUGAGAAGCCGGCUAAGAUCGCCAUCCCUCCUCCUGAACCAUCUCCUGACUACAAGGAGCAAGAGGAAAAGUUCAAACAGUUUUUCUACCAAGUUGCAGGAGAGGACAUGGAAGUGAAUCCCUUUGAGCUGAAGGUCGCCAUUAAUGAUGCGUUAAAAAAAGAACCCCUUCACAGAGAGAUAGGAAUCGAUGCCUGCAAGUCAUUCGUCAGUCUCAUGGAUGUAGAUAACAAUGGUCGUCUUGGCAUCAGUGAGUUCAGCUACUUGUGGAAUCAUCUUCGCAGCUGGAAGAAAGUCUUCUACCAGUACGAUGCCAACAAAUCAGGAACCAUGAACUCGUACGAGCUACGAAGGGCACUACCUGCAGCCGGGUACAAAGUGAGUAACAAAGCAAUGGCUGCCAUCAUCUUCCGCUACGGCAACGAGAACCACCGCAUCGAACUGGACAACUUCCUCAUCCUCCUGGCCAGGCUCAUGAAACUGUUCAACAUAUACAGCAAGCACGAAGCCGAUGGACAUGCCGAGUUUUCACUGCAACAGUUGCUGGAGCAGUCUUUGUAUUCAUAGCACGAGGCACAUUGACCACCUCAUAAACUCCAUAAUCUCCAUAACCUCAGGAAGCUGUGACCAUCAUCAUCAUCAUCAUCAAACAUCCCCGAUUAUCCAGGGUAUUAUAUCUAUGUUAGGUCAUAAUAAUUUCUGUGAACCCAUUCACCACGAUAGCUUUGACGUCACGAUAUAAAUAUCUCCUAUCUCCCAGUACAGAAAUCAUCUUGCUCAUGAGAGGACUUGAAUGGGUUCCAAAUGAAGCUAUGGUAGUGAAUGGGCCCAUGCUGUUUAUCAUACAUGUAUUAGAAUGUAAUAUAUUACCCUGGACAAUGGAAGAUGUCACACAGCUCCAGAUAAGCUUUUGGUGUUGUGGGUAUUUUACCCAUGCAUUUUAAAAUCAUUGGGUAUCAGUAAUUCUAUCUGGGUAUUCAAAUUUCUGUUACCCACUAGGU